AUGUCAGAUACAACAGAAACAAAUCCAUUAGUCGUAUUUGCAACUCUUGCAUCAAUUAUUUUAUCAUUUAUUGGAUUUUAUUUUUUUCAACAAUCCAAAAAGACAUCAAAUAAACAAACAUUUGCAUUAAUUCCUGAUAAAUUUCAAAAAUUCCCAUUAAUUGAUAUAAAAAAAGUAAGUCACAACUCUGCAAUUUAUAGAUUUGGAUUAUCAAAACCAACUGAUUUAUUAAAUUUACCAAUUGGUCAACAUAUUUCUAUUGGGGCAAUAAUAGAUGGUAAAGAAGUUGUAAGAUCUUAUACUCCAAUUUCAACAAGUGAUCAACAAGGUCAUUUUGAUUUAUUAAUUAAAACUUAUGAAAAUGGUAAUAUUUCAAGACAUGUUGCUUCUAAAAAAAUUGGUGAUACUAUUGAAAUUAGAGGUCCAAAAGGAUUUUUCACACAUACUCCAAAUAUGAAAAAAACUUUAGGAAUGAUUGCUGGGGGUACUGGUAUUGCACCAAUGUAUCAAAUUAUUACUGCUAUAAUGAAUAAUCCUCAAGAUAAAACUGUUGUUCAUUUAAUUUAUGCGAAUGUUACAGAAGAUGAUAUUUUAUUAAGAAAUGAAUUAGAAGAGUUUUCAAAACAACAUCCUGAUAGAUUAAAAAUUCAUUAUGUAUUAAAUCAAGCUCCUUCUGAUUGGAAAUAUUCUGUUGGUUUUGUUACUCCAGAAUUAAUUUCAAAACAUUUACCUCCACCAUCUGAAGAUACUAAUUUAUUAUUAUGUGGUCCACCACCAAUGAUUAGUGCAAUGAAAAAAGCUGCAAUUUCUUUAGGUUAUGAAAAAGCAAAACCAGUUUCAAAAUUAGGAGAUCAAGUCUUUGUAUUUUAA